AUGUCGCUUUUUCUUUGUGAUGGCUGCGGAGACGCCAUCACACCAAACAAGGCGAGGGUGCAUUGCUUGCCCUGCGGCCGUUAUGAUCUUUGUGGGACCUACACUGAAUCACACCGACCAGGCCACAAGGUAGAACUGUUUAGAGUAAGCGGCCACUCAGGGCCUGUGGCGGUAGAUCAGACAGCUGCAUCCUCUGCCGCAGCUGCUGGGCAGGUCUGGUCUACUUUGUUCGACCCCAAGACUUAUGCUGCACUCCCUGGCUUUGUGGAUGUUGCCUCGGCGGUCUUCGACUUUUUUGAUUACGAAGGGAAGGGUUAUUUGGCCCCUAUCCGGAAGCAAAUAACAUAUGUGAGGUCAUUAGAUCACUGUAGCUGGGUAGAGCUAAUCCACGGACAGGGAGAGUCGCCUUGA